AUGACGACAACCGCCGAUAUGGAAAAGUCCUCUGUGCUAGAGACCACAGAGCCCAAAGAAGAGGAGCUGGAGCACCAAAAACAACAAGACCGGCUGAACGCCCUCCUCAAAGAACACGAAUGUACUUGGGACGGUCCUUGCGAUCCUCAAGAUCCGUAUAAUUGGUCUUCUACUUGGAAAAUCACUGUCGCCAUCAUCGUCUCUCUUGGCCAACUCGUCGCAAUCAUGACCACAAGUAUAGUCGCUCCAUCUUUAUCAACAAUCGCCGAAGAUUUGCACAUGAAGUCAUCGGAAAUGCAGGUGACGUUUUCCAUCUUCGUUCUCGGACUUGCAUUUGCACCCUUUCUUAUCGCCGCGUUGUCGGAAAUGUACGGUCGGAAAAGUAUAUGGGUUACUUGCAACUUGUGGUACAUUCUUUGGAACUCUUUAUGCCCUGUUGGUCACUCAAGUGUGAUGAUGAUCGUUGGACGUUUCAUGGCAGGCUCUGGCGCUAGUGUUGGAACUACGCUCACCUCAUCUGUGCUUACGGAUAUGUAUCGUGCAGAGCAUCGAGGAAAAUCUCUAGCCAUAGCCACCUUCAUUCCUUACCUGGGUCCAGCGAUAGGACCGAUCCUGGGUGGAGUAAUUUCCCAAAACCUGCGGUGGGAGUGGUCAUUUUGGAUUCUUUCUCUCUUCGAAGCUGUAAUCACUCUCUUGGGAUUGAUUUUUUUUACCGAGACAUAUACGCCAACCUUACUUCGUCGCAAAGCCGCAGCCCAGCGUAACGACGCGUCCUCAUCACCAUCGCCAUCCAGAACCGUGCAGGCUCAGGAAUUCUACCACGACUUGACCAGACGCUUGAAACCUAGCAUCCUGCGCCCAAUGCUGAUGCUGACACAGAGACCCGUUGUUCAGGUGGUGUCCUUCAUCAACGCCCUGGCAUUCGGCAUCUAUUGCUUAAUGCUUUCGACGUACGCCAGCCUGUGGACAGAAAGAUACAAUGAGAACGAGACGAUCAGCAGCCUGAACUACAUUGCCAUCGCAAUCGGAACAACAAUAGCAACCCAAAUUGGAGGUCACACAAUGGAUUGGAUUUAUCGAAAUCUGAAGAAGAGAAACAAGGGCCAAGCACGUCCCGAAUACCGAGCUCCAUUUUUAGUACCUGGUGUUGUGCUGGUUCCUAUUGGUCUUUUCUGGUAUGGAUGGUCUGCUGAUCAGGCCAUUUCUUGGGUGAUGGUUGAUGCUGGCGCUGCUAUCUUUACAUGCGGGAGCUUCAUCGUUACGCAGGGCAUGUUGGCGUAUCUUUUGGAUGAGAUGGAAUAUGCCGCAUCUGCUAAUGCCGCCUCGCGAAUGCUUUCAAAUAUUUGUGGGUUUGCUUUUCCAAUAUUUGCGCCACAGCUAUAUAGUAGGCUUCACUAUGGAUGGGGGAAUAGCGUGUUAGCCUUUGUCUUCAUUGCUCUGGGGGUGCCGACUCCAUUGUUGCUAUGGCUUUGGGGGUUUGAGCUGAGAGCUCUGGGCAAAAAGUUGUGA